AUGUCCACUUGGUUCGGUGACGACCUUAUCUUCUGUGAUUCGAAUAUUCGGCAUUCAACACCUCUUCAGCCUGGUGUAAAAGUAGUUCGUAUUGAUUACCAUGACGAUGACUAUAUACCGUUGGUUCGUGAUUCUUAUACAACAAUCCAAGACGUAGAGCGUGAGUCAGGUCUCAAGUUAAUACACAUCACAGGCGAGAUAAUGAUGGUGAAGAAAGACGAUCCUAGAUCGGAAAUACUCGGUGCUUACGAAGAAGCUAUGACAAAGGCAAAUCUAAAGUAUGAAAUAUGGAAUCAGAACGAAAUUCAACGUCGAUUCCCACAAUUUUGUUUGGAAUCCAAUGUUGUUGGUCUAUACACAAAGGACAGUGGUUUGGUGGAUGCUGCAAUGACUAACGCUGCACAUAUACAACUAGCACGACGUAAUGGCGCAACCAUUGAAGAGAAUUGCCAAGUUUUGAAAAUGGAGAAAGAUAAAGAUGGGGUACAUGUACUGGUGCAUACAACAAAGGAUAUGUUUUGCGCUCGUCACGUGAUAGUUACUGCUGGUGGAUGGACCAAUCAAGUACUGUCAUCGUUGGAUAUCAAGUUACCUCUCACUAUCACACAAGAACAAGCAACGUUUGUUGCCACUCCCAAUUUGAAAGACUUUACUAAGAACAG